UCGGCUAAGUGCGGUAUGCCUUCGAUGUUGGACGCCCCGAAAAAUGUUCGACAACAUCGUAUCCUUUCGAAUAUAUUUUAUUAUAAAUAUUUCGAAGACGUGCGCUUCUGACCGAAAGUAAAGAUGUCACACAUUGUUAUCGUAUCGCCGAUCAUCAUCGUUGCGACCACGUGUACCAUUCCCACGAGGCUCUGUGUCUUAAAUUUUCACUUUGAUAUCCGAUCGAGAGUGAAAGAUCUUGACAGAAAGAUCGAUAGAGCGCACCUGCCGAGAUUUACAGUCGUUUCAUGAUUAUUCCUGAUGCACAUUAUAUACACAGGGAGUCAGUAACGAAUUGAAAGCUGCCAGGGUGGAAGUGAAUGAGAAUAGUAAACGAGGAAGAAAAGGACUGAUCUCGAGUAAUCCUGUUUUAUUGUUAAUCGAAAAAGAAAACCCUGGGUUAUUGAUAACUGUAUAUAUACAGGAGACUAUCGAAGAAGAUAACGAGUUCUCAUUAAAAGACCAUCGUCAGAGAUAAAAGGUUUUUUUUUCCUACGAAAACUCUUGAGAAAUCUGAGUGUCCAGGAGUGUCAGUGAGAAAUAUAGUUACGUUUGAAACUAAUGAGUUUCUAAUCAAUCUGCGAUGAUGAUUUCGUGACGAAGGUUUUUAUCGGCCUCGAGGAAGAGCCGCUUUAAAGGAUUAUUACCAAAAGGAUUUUAUAAAUUUUAUAUAGUUUAUAUUAGAUUGUUUUCACCUUCCGGAGGAACAUGUCCAAGAAACAAUGGAUGGUCCUGUUGAUGCUAUUCUUGACCUACCUUCUUGUGGGGGCUUCAAUUUUUUACCAUAUCGAAAGUCGCAUUGAGGUCGAAAAUAUCAAAAAGGCCCGAGAAGAACGCAUCGAAAUUCACGCUUUGCUGAAUCAACAUUAUAUGCCAAAUAAUCCAGCUGAUGAUCAUCGAGUGAUUUUGGAGAAGUUGAGCAGCUAUUGUGGAAAAUCAUUUCACAAUUAUUCGGAUGGCGAGACAGAUCAAUCGAAAUGGGAUUUUUACAACAGUUUUUAUUUUGCUUACACAGUUGUCAGCACAAUUGGAUAUGGAAAUUUGGCACCAACCAAUAUGCUGGGUCGUGUUUUAAUGAUUUUUUACGCUCUUAUUGGAAUACCGAUGAAUGGAAUUUUAUUAACACAAUUGGGCGAAUUUUUUGGUCAGGUCUUUGUUAAGGCGCACAAAAAAUACAAAUCAUAUCAACAUGAUCAAGCUGUUUGCGAGAAGAAAGUUAAAAAACCCUUGGAAACUAGACGAGCAGGACUUGCUAUGCAAAUUUUUAUGUACCUGAUACCUGGCUUUGUUAUGUUUAUAUUUUUCCCAGCAUUUUUAUUUUCUCACUACGAGGGUUGGACAUAUGACGAAGCUGUUUACUAUGCAUUUGUCACACUAACGACUAUAGGUUUUGGCGAUUAUGUCGCAGGUCAAGACAAUACGAAGGGAAGUGGUGUAUUUUUCAUUUUAUAUAAGAUCUUUUUAAUUUUUUGGAUCUCAUUUGGAUUGGGUUACAUUGCUAUGAUCAUGACCUUCAUUGCUCGGGGAAUGCGGAGCAAAAAAAUUGCAAGAAUUGAGCACAAACUGGCCAUGAAUUUCAAGCAUACACAAAACAAAAUCUGGAACGAAUUCAAUAAAGAAGUCAAUUAUCUCCGAAGGGUUUUCAAUGAAUUACAAUUAUCAAAAGUGAAGAGAGUCUACGUGGAUGAGUAUGAUUACGAUUUACCAACUCCCAAAUUUCCAAGAAGUAUUAGCUUUCCUGAUUUGAGAGAACUUAUCUAUGGAGGAUUUGAGAUUCCUGAACCUCCUCAUCCUAGAAGGAGAGCAAAUAGUGAAAUUACGUCUAUGGUUCGAGUGGCGAGAGUCGUUUCGGAAACGGAUCUUCAGCGAAUCGACAAGAAGGCAACAUUCGCAGCUCACGCAAUGGUCCAACCGGCGGAGCUUUUAGCGCGUUUAGUAAAUAUUUUAGGCUACAUUCCACCAUCGGAUGAUGAGGAGGAAUCAAAGAUUAAAGAAGGAGUUCAGGGUUUCAGUGAGAAGGAAAUUCUCGCCAGUGAACAACCAUGGUUGAAUAACGAUUGGAGAAUUGGAAAUGAUAAAAUACCAUUUUCAAAACCAAGAUCGCGAGCCUGCAGUGAAGUGAGAUUAGAAAAACCAGACACGAGUUAUCUUCAGGAAAAUGAAGAGUGGACAUGGUCAGGUCCAGCGGCUUCGAGAAAAAUUCAAGAAAUUAUGAAAACACGUCGAUCGGGAGUUCCGAUAGUCAAAGAUCUCAAAUCCAAAUUACCAUCUCUGGCAUUGCCCAAGUCCGUUCCAAAAAGUUUCCUUCCACGAUGGAUGAGAAGUUUAUCAGUGAAGAAAUCCUCCGAUGCUUGCUCUAGAAGUACAGUUUCUGUGGGAGAAAUCGACGAUAACGAUCGUGAUGUUCUGCAACAGCAAAUGAAUCAACAGGAUUCGACAAAUUUUCAGAAUCGUGCGUAUUUUACUCACACUGGAGCUGGAAAUACGGGUCUAGGGGGUUUGUUGGAAGAGACUUCGUUGGCUGAUUUUCUCCGGGUGCUAUCCAGAGUAGGCGCUGAUGAUUACUCCAGAAAACCUCCAGCAGAGACAGGGGAACCACCAAAACUUCCAAGUCUCUUCACACUUUUCUCACAACAAUCGGAUCUUGCUUCUGCUAGUCAAAGUCAACAGAAUACAAUCACUGCCGCUCAUAAUGCAGCUUCCAGAAGGUAUUCCUUGAGAACUGUUGACAAUUCCAGUACGUCGACUCCACUUUAUGCGAGAAGGAGUUACGCUCAACCACCGGUGACAAAAACAAGAAGGUUCUCCCUAAGACCUGUUGUCACGCCGCCUCUGUAUUCAUCCACCUAUCUGAACGAUCCUGCGGGACCGCCGCCAUACACCAAUGAGUCAUUCAAUGUCGAAUGUCCCAAGGAGCCUCUGAUGCAAUUGGAAGGCGCUCUCGGUAUUUCAGCACCUAUAAAACCGCAUCGUCGCUUCUCGAUAAGACCCGCUUAUCCUGAUAAUCCAACAAUUCCCCCAGCACCACCAGCAUUAACUGCACAACAAACGCGAGCAAUUCCUCGCUGGCGAGCUGGAAUGCUUCAACGUCAGAUCAGCAAAAAGAAUCUCCAGCGGCGAGUUCGUGCCUUCAGUCUCACAGACGUUCACUCCGAUCCAUUAGACAAACCCACCGAAUCCUCAAGUAACGAAAGAAAACCAUUUAAUCCCCGAACUAGAGAAAUACCCCCAAAAUUCACCGGUCGUCAAUCAUUCCAAAAAUCCGUCACAAUCGUUUCACCGGCCCGUCAAGCAUUAAUUUCCCGUCUACCCGAACAUUUCUACAAACGCGGUUACUCCGAGAGUGAAGUUGACUCGACAAUAAACUAUUCAAACAAAAAUCAAGACACCGAAUCAACUUCCCUAUUCCCACGGGAAGAUUUUCCAAAAAGGACAUCCGACGAUUUUUCCCAAUCGUUUACAAUUGGAUCCGAUUUUUCGGAUAGUGGUGCCUUCGAUACGACACGUGAAGGCGCAGUUAAUCCCCGAUUCGCUGGAUUAAAACCCUAUCCAAGUUAUCAAGGUGUCACAAAACUCGCGACAGUCUAUUCCGAUGAUCGUCUCUCUUCCCACGAUCCAGACAAAAGUGACAGUUCAUUCACCUCCGAGUGUGUUAUUUCAUUCAAGAGAAAAUCAACGAGUGAUAUUCACGAGGGUGUAAAUAUGCCUAGUUCUUCGCUACAAAAACGUACUGCCGACAGAAAGUCGCACGACUCCGGUAAAAGUGAAUCGUGGUCCGAAUCAACGACAAGCGGUGAUUUAAAGUCCAGUGAAAGGAAAAUCUCAAUUGUAUCAAUUGAGCCCUGGUCAGAUUCCAGUCGAAAAUCAUCGACAAUUUCACAAGUUCACAGUACUGAAAGUCCAUUAUUGUCGGAAGUCAGAAUAGACGAUUCUGAUCAAUUUAGAACAACAAUGGAUAUUUCAUUGGAUGAUGAAGGUUCACUUAUGGAAGUUACGGUUGAGAGACCACAUUCGGGACUAAGUUUUGAACCUCGACCUAGUACAAGUUCGAGUUUUGAACCUCAAGCUAGUACCAGUUCUGAACAACAGUCAAGUAUUCAUUCUGAACGUCGAUCGAGUGCAAGUUCAGAACCCGAGACGAGUACUGAAGAAGCUAAAAAAUCAAAAACAGCCAGAAAAUCUUGUCCAAACUAAAUGUGAGAAUUUUAUUUUAAGUGUUUGAAUUUUUUUUAUAUUAUUUUAAAUUAUUACCCAUUGUAUGAAUGAAUUAAUUUUUAAAUAGAAAGACUAGUUUGUUAUAGACGCUGAUUUCAUUUCGAAACUGACUAGUGUAUAGCACUUUAAAUAUUGAAAUAUCUUUAAUUUCAAUGCGGAGCUUCUUCGAAAAAAAUUGUGAUAAAAUCGCCUUUAAUUAUUUAUCUGAUUCUCAGGUAUUUAUAUAUUGAUAUCUUAAAAUGUAAAUAUAGAAAUU